CAGAAGAAAAUUGUUCAUCUAAGAACGUUGCAGAAGAAGUUGAUUUCUAUUUGUAUACUAAAAAAACAACUAUGUUCAAAGUUGAAAAUAACGAGCAAUGUAUUGGGAAUGCUCCAUUGGUAAACGGGAGCGAACGCCUUGUUGUUAUUUUACAUGGAUAUUCAGGCAGCCAAAAUAGUAAUGAAAUGGUAGUUUUAAGAGAUGAAUACUUAAAAGGGCCAGCAGAUCGUAACGUCAUAACGGUAGAUUAUUCGAAAAUCGUCAGUUCAGGAAAUGGUUUUGUACGAUCAAUCUAUAUACUUCCAUCACUUAGUGAACAUAUUGCAAAAUUGCUCAUAUCAUUGAUGGAGAUACGUAAAGAGAUUACUUAUUGUCACGUGGUCGGAUUCAGUAUAGGAGCUCAUAUUGCUGGUCUAGUUGGAAAUAUAUUCACACAAAAAGGCUUAAUGUUAAACAGAAUCACCGCCUUAGACCCGCUGAAACUGCUACUUAGUAAUGUUAAUGUUGAAAUAAGCCCUUCGUCCGCCAAAUUCGUAGACGUUAUACAUAGCAAUGAUGUGAUUGGUAUUAGUAAGCCAAUUGGAACUGUUGAUGUAUAUGUUAACGAUGGAAAAAAUCAACCGGGGUGUGACACAGAUUGGUGUAGUCAUAUGGUUUCAGUAUAUUUAUUUGCUGCGUCGAUCAACAGUGAUAUAUAUAAGGCCGCAUUUUGUUUGGACUUUAAAAAAGAGGAUAUUUCAAAUAAAGACUGUCAGACUCGUCAACAGUUGUACAAUGAGCUUGCACGGGACAAUUUCAAAGCAUUAUUAGUUUUAUGUGGUGCAAGAGAUGAAUUUUACAAUAGAUCUGUAAUAGUUGGAGAACAUAUGCCUUUGAGUUCAAGAGGAGUACAUCAUUUUUUAUUAAAAAAAGAAAUCACAGUAUAAAACAAUAAUUGGAUAAACCAAACAAAUAUUCUUUGGUGCUAUAUUUUAAUUCGAUAUUUAUUUUAUUUUUCAUGUUUUGGAUUUUAAUUUUCAAUACUAUAUUACCUAAUACUAGAAUGGAUUCAAUUUUAGGUCUCUCUUUUAGUUUAGAAAUUAAACCAUUUUUAGGA